CCCACACUCACCACGACCGCUCCAGCCCUCCGCGCCAUCACCCCCGACGCGACCGUGAUUGAGAGCACCCCCGCAUGAUACGACGCUAGGCCGGAGCGCCGCCCAAGAUGGCGCACCCCCAGUACAACCACGGCCAGCAGCAACAGCAGCAGCAAUAUGGCCAGAACAUGCAGUACCCGCCGCCGGUGCAGACCCAGAACCUGAACCAACCACAGCCCCCGCGCCCCUUCUCGCCGCACGCGUACCAGCAGCAGUCGUCGCCCGCCAUGUCGCCCACCAUGGGCAGCGGCAUCCCGCCCGCGAAGCGACAGCGCCUCUCGCCGAACCCGCCAUCGCCUGCUCCCUUCCAGUCGCCCUACGCUACUCCACAGUACCCCAUGUCGCCCUACGCCACGUCGCCGCAAAACACGGGCUACCUCUCUCUCCCGCAAUCGCCAGUCGCCCCGCAGCCAGCGCCCUUCCACCACCCACAGCCCUACCAGCGUCCAAACAACAUGGCCCAGCCACAGCAGCCACCUCCGAGCUCUAUGCCGCCGCCCAAGGUGCCAUACAGCAAGGCGCAGGACGGGGAGCUGGAAAAGGCGAAUGCGCGCGACUUGGACGUUAAUAACAUCAGCGAUGUGCUCACGGGCUCUGGCAUCGAUCUGCGCGCCGAGGAAGAUAACCUGCUGCAAAGCUAUGGGACUCGCAACUACGGAGCAUCGUUCAAUUCACAGACUUCGACGUCCACGGCAUCACCGCAUGGGAGCUUCAACAACUGGAGUCAACAGUCCAACCACGGCGCUUUCCAGGGAACCGGCCCGUUGAGCCAGCCCAUGGCACAGCAGCAGCACGAGGCAGAAUUUCUCAGGAAGCACGAGCAGGCCGCCCGCACGCUGAACGAGUCAGCCCAGCAGACACUGACCAAUCCAUUCCUGCUUGCCAACGUCAUCAGACAGCGGCUGGCUAGACGGGCGUACGAGCACGGCAUCACAAUCAACGUCGACGGACUGUUUGACAAGAUACCUGAAAAGACGCCUCGAGAUAUCACGCGGACGACACAGGCUGCUGCCAACGGCGAGCAGAUUGUAGGGCUAGAGGCCGCCAGUCUACUUAACCAGAACGCACCGUUGGUAGAAAUCAUUUCUCUUUUGACACUGGCUGCCGAGGACCGCAUACGGGCUUUUGUGGAAGACGCGUUUGCCUUGAGCCAGGGGCGUCAGAACACAUCUCACGGCAUCGUCCCUCCCCAGCUGCUCGAAAUUGCUGCGGUACAGAACGAUGCGGCUCCCAAGAUGGUUGCACCUGUCAACCUUCUGAAGACGCCAUGGGAAGCGCCAGAUAGCGCUGUCAGCCCCUCCACAACAGCCAACAAACAAUUGCCAAAUGCGGCGCGACUCCCCACGCCUCCGAGUGAAGCUCCCCCGACCCCUCAGCGGACAUUCCAAAGCAAAAACUACGUGGCGGAAGCACUCAAGCGACGACUCGAAAUAGACGAGGCGUUCGAGAAGCAGCGCAUUCAGAAGCGGCAACAACGUCAGCAAGGCAGUUCGGGUAUUCCUGCAGACACGCCUCAAGUGUUGCCACUUCCACCGCUGGACAAGAUGACAAAGAAGGAGAUUGCAGCCAGAGCCAAGGCGGGUCAAACUGAUGAUGUCCUCCAUCGCAAAGCCAACGAGACUGCCAGCAUGGCUCUGGGAAAGAAGAAGAAAUAUUCCUGGAUGACGGGCGGUGGUGGAGGAGGCGGAGGCGGAGGGGGAGGUGGUGGUGGUGGCGGCGGUGGUGCAGGAUCAGGCGCUGCCACACCGCGCCAAACUACAGCUGCAAGUGGGUCUGGUGCAGCUACGCCAGCGGCACCGACCGUUGAGCAGGGAUUGCGGGCGAAGAAGAGGACGUUUGGCGAUAGCAUUGAGCAGACGGACAUUGGCGCGAGGAUCCAAGUUCGCGAUCUGGUGCACGUGUUGGAGAACGACGGCAGGGAGAAGAAGACGCUCACGACGAUUCUUGCCAGGCUCAAGAACACGGACCGAGACGAGAAGAGGCCCGAAUACGACAGGAGGCCGCCGGGUAUCGCGGGACGGUAAGGUUGCCGUUGUUUAUAUUCAUUUGCAUGGUUUUUAUCACAUCACAUCACAUCAGCGCUGGCGUUUUGGCAGAGGAGGGACUGCAUCAUAUCCCAAGGGCUGGGGUAAACUUGGUAUUGGCGGUAUCUGGGGGAUUGUGCGAAAAGUUCAUGGUUGGGGAGCGAUACUGCCUCUGCAUAAUACAUAUUUUCGUCACUUGCAAGACGCUUCGUGUGUGAG